AUGGCAGCCUCGCGCCCAAGGACCUCAAACUACGGCUCUCCGCGCCAGGACGUGAAGGGGCGGCCGCCGCGGGACGGUUACGGCACCUACGUAUAUGCCAAUUCUUUCUUUCGAUAUGAAGGCAACUGGAAAGGAGGAAAGAAGCAUGGUCAUGGGAAACUGCUAUUUAAAGAUGGGAGUUACUACGAAGGCGAGUUCAUGCACGGAGAGAUCACGGGGGAAGGACGCCGCCACUGGGCCUUGUCAGAGAACACCUACUCUGGGCAGUUCAUGCUGGGUGAGCCUCAUGGACACGGCGUCAUGGAGUAUGGAGCUGGCGGGCGCUACGAAGGGGCAUUCUCACACGGAGUCAGAGAAGGCCAUGGGCUCCUGGUGGACCGGGACGGACAGGCGUACCAGGGCGCAUUUCACAACCACAAGAAGCAUGGGCACGGGCAGAUGCUCUUCAGGAAUGGUGACCAGUAUGAAGGUGACUGGGUCCUGGACCAGCGUCAGGGACAUGGGGUGCUCUGCUGCUCUGAUGGCUCCACAUACGAGGGACAGUGGCACAGUGACGUGUUCAGCGGACAGGGCCGUAUGGCCCACUGCUCAGGGGUCAUGUACGAUGGGAUGUGGAUCAAUGGCCACCCUGUGGAACAGGCCACGAGGAUCAGGAUUUUGGGUCCAGAGGUGAUGGAUGUGGUCCAAGGAGCCUCCAUCACGCUGAAUGUCCAGCUGCAGCAGGACGAUGGCAAGGUGGCCAAGAGUGAAAGAGGCCGAGUCCUGAGGAUCUCGGCAGGCGUCCGGUAUGUGCAGCUCCCAGCCUACUCUGACGUCAGUUUCUUCAAGGUGGAUGCAGCUGACAGAGAGGCACCUAUCUUGACACCAUUUGGAUUUGAGUGCAUCUCCUACCCUCUGUCAAGCCUCCAGUCUGGGUCUGGAAACCUGGAGCCCCGGGCAACAGCAGAAAGUGCCAGAGCCGACCCGCUGCUCCCCACAGUUGACGUGGAGCCACUGCCAGCAUGGGAUGCCCUGCAGAGCCAGGGAGAUGACCCCUCCAGCCCAUCCGGUGGGGGUCGUGAGCCUCUGGAUUCCCGGUUCUGCCAAAGUGUAGAACAAGGCUGUGCCAUAUUCUCUGACAUCCUGCUUGGACCCCCUCCACCCUGGUACCACGCAGUCCUGUUCCUGGAUGGCAGCCAGGCUAAUGCCCUGGACCCCCUAAAGAGCUGCCUAAACACCCCAGACCCUGCCUGGCAGCUUGCUCCUCCAGAGGCCCAGAUGUCUGACCAGCCUCCGCACCUGCUCAGGGCGCCCUUGGCCAAGGAGCAUCCAUCCCUUCCUGUGGCUGUACCUGACGGGACAGCCAUUGGGAAGGACCUGGCCACAGCAGAGCCAGUGGCCACAGCAGAGCCGGUGGCAACAGCUCACCCAGGGGAGUACGUGAUCAUGAUCCAUGAUGUGACAACCCCUCCGUUCCUGGGCCACGUGCUGCCCCCCGCCUUCAAGCACGUGCGAGUCUCAGCAAAGGGCACCAGUCCUUGGCCUCACACCCCUGGAGAAGUACGGGGACCCUUCCCGCGCCUCCGGCCAGCCCCACCCAGCUCAGCUCUCUCCCUGGUCAGCCAUGAGAGUGAAGUUGCAUCCCAGAGAAACGCCUCUGAGCAGCUGGAGCCCAACUUUCCCGAGGGCGGGACAAGAUGCAGCCCCGAGGGGCUGCAAUACCCGCCUCCGCCGCGGGGGGCGCGCCGGGCGCCGUCCCGGGGCCGCUGCGCUCGGGUCCCGACACGUCAGCGUCCGCGCGGCCUGGGGCUCCCGGGUGGGCCCGCCCCACGCCCCACGCCCCAUUCCGCACGGUUCCAGAGCCGAGAGGGAGCGGCUCAACCAGCCAGGGCUUCUCCUGCCCGCUUCUGGGGACCCCGCGCCCCCUACCUACCCGCUCCUGACACCACGGGCCAGGAGCUCCGGAAGGGCCGCCUCGCCCUCAUCCCCUCCCCGCUCCCACUCUCGCCCAGCGCCCUCACUCCCACCCGCAGUGCCUGCUCCGAGAGACGGGAAGGGUUAACCCCGCGCGCUGAGGACCGCGGGGGCGACCGUCCGCCCAUGCCCGGAAGCCCCCAGCCCAGCGUGCGCCCCGCCGGAGUCCGCCCCGUCCGGUGUCCACCCGUGGCGGACACGGAGAGGGGAAGCGAAAGCGGCAGCGGCAGCCCCAGGGAGUCCCCGCCGAGGGAGCUGGAGAAGCUGAGUCGAGUUUUCUGUAAACGCGCGUUCCGGACACGCGUGCUGACGGCCGCGGUGAUGGCGCGGGACCAGGUGGAUGUCAGUAAGGCGGGCAGCGUUGCAGCUCAUCCCUCUCACACGGCCUCCUCAUGCUUCCUGGCGCUACAGGAAAACUGGGUCUUUGUCGUUUAA